AUGUCUGCAUUUCGCGACGCACAGUCACGUUGGAUGAUUCGAACGAGCGUCUCGCCGCGCGUCGCGUCUACGCGCGCGUCGAAACGCGACGCGCCUCGCGAAAUACGUAAACGCCCGACGUUAUUCCUCGACGUCGACGGCGUGCUCAAUCGAACGGCGACGGCGAAGCAGAUCGUGGUGCUCGAGGACAAGGUUGAGCUCUUGGGUGACAUUUUAGCGCGGAGCGAGUGCGAGAUCGUGCUCACGACGUAUUGGCGGUACUUUGAGGAGUAUGUAGCGUACGUGUUCACGAGACACGGAUUACCGGACCGCGUCGUCGGCCGCACGUCGGGGGAGCCGCAUCGCGCGGAUAGCGUCGCGCACGACGCGGCGGUGUCGACGAACAGGGUGCUGGAGAUUGAGCGGUAUCUCAAGGCGACGCACGGCGAGGACGCGAGCGCGUGGCCGGAGUUCGCGAUCGUGGACGAUAAGGAAGUGGUUUCGGAUGGGCACGCAUGGCGGAGGCGGUUCGUGCGGACGACGCACGACGUGGGAUUGACGCGAGAGAGCGCGGACGCUUUGGUGGACAUCCUCAAGGGAGCGGAAGUGAUGUCACGCGUGUGA